GACUGGAUUCUAGUUUAUAACAAACAUGGCGGAACUUGAAAUAAGAAAGGUUACUUUUUCUUACGCUAAAACAUUCUUCCUGAUUGCACGGCUCAGUUGCUGAGCGAUGUAAAAGCCUACCAAGAACUUCUAUAAGAACUCCUUUUCUUUGCAAUUAGGGUUUGUGAAUUCUUGAAACGUGUUCAGAGUUGGCGAAAAUGUCUCUUGUUGCCUAUGGGAGCAGCGGUGAUGAAGAGAGCGAUGAAGAAGUACAAAACAAUCAAGAUGAUGUAAAAAGUCCUUCUCUCAUCGUCGAAAAAAGGGAUCCCGGUAGAGGGAAGGGUAUGGUUCUUCCUAACCCGACGCAAGAGAGGAAUAUCUCGAAUUCUUCUACCAGUUUAAGUGGGAAAACUCGUUUAUCUUCCUUUCUGCCAAAGCCUAAAAAUGCGAGCAACCUCGAGCGAGAAGGUGUCGACAGCCACGGUUUCUCUGAUAAUAAGAACCUUCCUAUUAGCUUGGAGGGGACGCUGGAUGAUGAAGAAAUUCUGGAAAUCGAAGAAGAGUAUGAGCCAAUUGCAAAAAGAGCAAAGAAGGUUGACAGUGCCGUUGGAGGUGGUGAGAAGCUGAGGUCUGUGGGCAGCCUAUUCUCUCUUUUACCUGCACCUUGGAAAGCAGACAGCACCUGGCAAACUAAAAAGAAGGACAGUAAAGCACCUGUGGCUGAGGAUAAAAAGUUAAAGCAAACAGUCAAAAUUUCUAUCCCUACUGCACCAAAGAAUGAUUCUGAUGAGGAAGAUGAUAUGCCAGCAGUAAAGAAAGUUGGGCCAUCAAAGGGAGGAUCAGGUCUCAAAGCACUUCUUCCCAAACCCAAGCAUAGUAUCACCAGGAAGGCAGAUAACCCAAACAAACCUGCAGUAAAAUUAGCAAGCAGGCCAUUGAUACCACACACAUUGACGAAGAAACCAACCCCAGCACUGGAGAAGACACAAAAACCUCUCAAGAGGAAACAAGAUGAAGAAACUGGCAGUGACGAUGAAGAUGAGCCUUUUAGCUUUUUUACAUUCGAUGACAAAAUUGAGAUCAAAACGGAUGAAAAAGUACAAACUUUUCAGAGUGAGGAUACUGAGUCAAAGACAUGUUCCAAUGUUGCAGCAGUAGAAAGACCAAAUCCUCUUUUGUUAUCACUGUCACAAGAUCAGAUACCAUCAAGUAAAAACAUUUCUCAAAGCAGAGCAAAGCAUGUGGAUGAAGCAUCACAUCCUGUGGUAGAUGAUACAAAUACCUGGGCAACUUUCUCUAGUGAGGGGGUCCCUUCACAGGAGGAACUUGAAACUAAGACAUAUUAUUAUGAGCCACAAAGUGGGCAGAGCCAGGAAUAUGGAGGAUAUUCUGCUGUUGGUGAUAGUUAUUAUACAAAUUAUAACUAUGAUGCAAGCUCUUCUGCCAGUCAUCCUUAUUACGGUCAAGAGACAGAAAGCUACACCCAUAUGCAUCCUACAAGUGCUGCAGGUGGUGUCCAGUGUCAAGGCAGUCAAGCUGACCAAACACGCCUUGAUCUAGAAAAGAUGAAGAAACUCAAAGGGAGAAGAAAUCGCGGCGAGGAAAUCAACAUUGUUGACAUUAAUGCUGACGAUCAAAUCGGCAACUCAGCUGAGAUGUUGACGAAAUACGGGACAGAAGAAAUUACUUAUGCACCUUCACGGGCUAAAGAGAGGGAGCUGGAAUUACGCCAACAGUGGUCUGCUAAUCGACAGACACGCAGGCAAACUCAGUCAAAGUAUGGAUUUUAAGAGUUGAUGCAGUAUCUUUGUAAAUGUAACCAGCAUCUGUUUUGAGCUCAAACUCAGCCGACACAGACUGUCCAUUUGCACUUAAGUUUGUUUACUUUUUUCCGUUUUUGAAUCCUAAGUAAACUAUCUGUUGACUAACUUCUCCAAAAAAGGGACCCUAGGAGUCCGUUUGAUUAUUCGGUCUUUUUUUUGCAAUGAUUCAUGCAGCUGCCUUUAUUAAGCGAUUACCCUUCUUAAACGAAGAUUAGAGACCGGUUCGGAAGGUAUCCCAUUUAUAGUUACUGUAGUUGCCUGUACAUAUAUGUGUGGAUUCACCAGUGCAUACUUCCAUGUGGGCACGUUUAGGGUGCUGAAGUCUCCCCUUAAGUUAUAAAAGACACUGGGGUCUCUAGUUGAAAGCAAAUCGUCCAAGAUACUUUAGCAAGUUGUUAUAAAGCUGAAUGACCCAACGUGUGGAAUAGAGUUGAUUGUCGGUCGGUGGAUGAAGUUCUGUAUUGGCCAAAUGGUCAAGGUAGGCGAUGUACAUUGCGCUGAACGCGGACAAUGGCUAUUUUUCUCAACUCGAGAAAUGGUAUUAAAGAUCCUUUACACUCAGACAUUUUUAGCACAAAGAUAGUCCCUGUUCUCCCGACGAUUUGACCACUCUACCUGGUCAUAGGUCUCAAGGAACAAACAACCUAUCAAAGCGCCGGUCACAGUAAUAACACUAACGACCUAUAAAUCCCUAGUGCAUACCGUCAAAAAAGUUUACGACAUCGACGGGAGAUACGAAUAAAACGGGAAAUUACAUGAUGUGAUGGGACUUUAAGUAUCAUUUGCAGUAAUGGUACAAACAAAACAACAGUUUAACCAAAGAAUUAUAUUUGAGCAGUUUACUGUUUAAAAAACUGGGAAAAAUUUCCGUACAGCCCAUACUAUUUUAAAAUAAAACCGCAUUCUCAAAGGCAACCUAUUGUUUUUGCCUUUGUUUUCUUUAUCCAAGAACUGUUUGAAUAAUGAACUCUGGGAAUGUGCGGAAAUCUUGCUAAAAACUGGGUAAUAUAAUCUGUGAAUUUACAUGAACGAAAAAAAUUAACGGUCUUACGACCUUACUGAAUAAAUCUCCGAUAACGAAGACGAUUAUGUCGAUGUAAUACGCGGAACAGCUACGCAAAAGGAACGCGUUACUCUGUACUUGUCAAGUUCGGUUCUUUUUAAGAGAUUGAUGCUUGCAAUGGGGUAGUAACGUAAUCUUAAACUUGACUU